GCGGUUUUGCAGGCAGGCUGGCAAGUUACUCCGACGGCAAAUUUGUAAUACCGAGUUUUAAGUUUGUAAAUUUGUAAAACACUCAAAUGGCAACUGUACCCCAAAUUACAGAAGCCUUUAGCGAUGAAUUUAGUCAAUUUAAUUAUACGCGCAUGGAGUUUACUGAAUUUAAUCUUGGCCCACAGACGUUACCGUUGCAUAAGGCAUUACUGAUAACUAUUAUAUUUGGUGGCAUAUUUAUAACUGGUGUAUUGGGAAAUGUCUUAGUUUGCAUGGUGAUAAUUCGACAUUCGGCCUUACACUCGGCAACAAAUUUUUAUCUCUUUAGUUUGGCUGUAUCUGAUUUGCUAUAUUUGCUCUUAGGGUUACCUGCCGAAGUAUUUCUUUAUUGGCAUCAAUUUCCAUAUUUGUUUGGCGUGACAUUUUGCAGACUACGUGCUUUUGUAUCGGAAGCUUGUACCUACGUAUCGGUGUUUACAAUAGUAGCGUUCUCUAUGGAACGAUUUCUGGCAAUCUGUCACCCCCUACAUUUGUACGCCUUAGGUGGCUGUUCAAGAGCCUUAAAGAUUAUAACUGGCCUUUGGGUUGUAAGUUUUAUCAGCGCUAUACCAUUUGGAGUGAAGACAGAAAUACAAUAUUUAAACUAUCCUCUUGAUGGUUUACCCAUACCAGAAUCUGCAUUCUGUUCUAUAGAUUCCGAGUUUCCCGAGAAGUAUCCACUGUUUGAGAUCUCCUUUUGUGUAUUCUUUGUCAUACCCAUGAUUAUAAUAAUCUUAUUUUAUGGUCGCAUGGGCGCACAGAUUCGGGCCAGAACAAACGAGAAACUAGGCGUUCAGCCAGGAAACAAUCCACGGGACACACGCAGUUCUCAAAAGAAAAAGAAAGCUGUUAUACGCAUGUUAGCCGCCGUGGUUAUAACAUUUUUCGUAUGUUGGUUUCCAUUUCAUUUCCAAAGGCUGUGGUUUCUAUAUGCCAAAACUCAAGAUACUUACCAGGAUGUUAAUGAAUGGCUUUUCUCAAUAGCGGGAUUUGCGUACUAUGUCUCUUGCACAAUAAAUCCUAUUGUUUAUAAUGUGAUGUCACACCGUUAUCGGGUAGCUUUCAAAGAGAUACUCUGCGGUAAAAAGAUUGGUGCAUAUUAUAAUAAUAAUGGAUUUGCCAGAGAUCAUUCAAGCUUUCGUGAGACCAGCUAUGCCAAUGAUAAUGGUCAAACACGAUUUGGUCGUCUCAGUUCUAAAAGCAGGGCUGACUUUCCUUUGCUGCGCACCACAAAUAUUGUUAUCGUUGUGGAAAAUAAAAGAGGUAGCAUACAAAAGCCUGAGGAAGAAAAGAGAACAGAAGUUGAAGUACCAAGUUCGAAUAAUAAUGAUAGUAGUAUUUAAAUAGGUAUUCAACAUUAAUUUAUACAACUGUAUGUACAUAUGUGAUAACUCAUUAUAAUUAUUAA